AUGAGCAGGAGAUUAUCCUCAAGCACUGGGGAGAUCGAGUCUGGCACCCCACUGCGCUACGCUUCACCCCUCCUCGCGUCGCCUUGGAUUGCGAGCACUCGUUUCGAGGAGUCAGACAGCGAAGAAUCAGACGGCACGGAGCUAGUUCUCUUGGGUCAUAACAACUGCUCGCGCUUCCCAGCAAAAGGCGCGGUCAAAGUCGAAUCCCCCAAGGCGGAAGCAGACAAUUACUUUGUCUGGUCUUCAAUCAACCCUCCACCCAACUUCGAGACUAUAUGCAACGCUCGCGGCGAAGCAUAUCGCAAUUUGCCAAAGCUGAAGGGACUACCCUUGUCAACAUCAGGUCCCCCCAUCCAUUUUGUUUCCGUUGCCGCCAAGGCAGACGAUUGUCUCGCACAUCUUGAGGGCAGCGAGCUCGCAGAGAAGGACCAUUAUAGGGAACAGACCGUACGAUACAGCGAAGGAUUUCGACCUUCCGUACCAAAGUCCCAAGAAGACAACAUCCAAAACAACACCAUUCACAACGACGACGUUCACAGCAACGAAACCUCAAUCGUCCAAGUCACUUGGGUCCUACUUCUCACAUUCAACGCCGUGAUUAGGGGAACAUCUCGUCUUGUGCUCUUCUCAACCUUAGUACCGCUUUUGUUUGUGAAGCGCACGGGCCUGUUUGUUCUUUGCGCUUUGUUCGAGGUCGUCGGAGUUUGGCUCUUGUUCGCAAACCAGUGCUACAACAUACUGCUCCUCAUCAUCAAGAAGUUGACCCUCCUAGCAAGAAUUCAAUGCAUCAAGGGCCUUAUCUGGGCUCUAAAACUUCUGAAAUGGAGCAUAACAUUCAAAACAGCACUCCGAAGAGACGAGGGUCCCGCUGCCACUGAGGACAAAGGGAAAGCAAUGGACCACGACGUAUGCCCUUCAACCGAAGCUACGGAGCCUAUGCAUACAUGUGAAGAAGCACCGCCACCGCUUCCGAUCAAUCCCCGGUUUGUCUCAACGGCAAUGCCAUCGGCGUAUUGGGCUGGGCGCUUUACGUCUCUCCAUGACCGGUUCCACAACGAGAUACUAGGACCUCGUAACCUCAAUUUGAUUAUUGAGGCGCAUACAUUCCUGUCCACGACGUCUGGUGAUCUUAACAACUCGUCAACCACCCCCUCGCCCCCUGCAUCGGCAUUCAACAACCCUUCUACCUCCGUAUACGCCUCUAGCCGUAUCGUGCCCAUUCGGGAUCUCAGCUUCUACACUCCUGCAAUGAUGCACCCCAAUGCUGACCAACUCGGACUUAAGACGACUGAGAAUAGACACAUACCUCAUUAUAUAAGAUGCAUACCCCAUUCAGCCACCACUGAUGCUAUUCUGCAGAGUUCGAGAAAGUCUAGCACCUACGUCAGUGAACGGAAUCCUGCAGUAUAUAAGACAGUGCAGCACGAGGAGACGUACAAUCCAAAGGUUCCCUCCCCUUCUAUGAUACCUACUCGCGUCAUCCCUAGGUCUGAAUCCUCGAGGAUUCUGCCUCGGCGGCCCCUGCCGGAACCUCCCGUAUCCGAGUCUUCAAGGGUCCUACCCCGACGGCCCUUGCCGGAACUUUCAUUCUCCGAGUCUUCGAACGUCAUUCAUGUUCACCCACCGACGGACUACAAUAACCGCUCGUCAAUGAGCUUUCGGAUGAAGAACACCGACCGUCCGAACAGGAUUAUGAGCGAAUCCCGGGCGAAAGCACAGAAGGAGAGGGAAGCCAUGCUUCGAAGAGUGACAGUUGCGGAUGCGACUGCUCUUACGGAUGACGACAACAGAUGUCGUCGCGUUUUCGUUCAUCUCGAGGCAUGCUGUGUCACGGAUGAGGCACGCAACUCGCUGUAUGCUUGGCAACAAGACUAUGCGAGAAGAACACAGCGAGAGGUGCUGCUCCCAAAGGGUGGUACCAUGCAUGGUCCACGUGGCUUCAAAAACAGCGUCUUUGGCAGGAGUUUGUUUGGGAGUCGACGGAGCAGGGGGUCUCUGCCUGCUGGUUCAGGUGGAGGUAGCAUCACGACUGGCCUCAAUGUGGACCUUGGACAACCUCAAAGUGAGGUCCGGCCCUCGAAGACGGAGCGAUCACUGCUUCAGGUGCCAAGGAGAGUGUUUACCCAUGGAAGAUCAGCCAGUAUGAAGGUUGAUAGCAUGGAGCCGAGCUCGUAUGGUCAUCGACUUGAGAGACACGGGACGGUUCGCGGAGUUGAAGCAGACAACGAGGUCAGGAAGGAACGGUACCAACAUCGUAUGAGCCUUGCGUGA